GAGCAGGUUGCUAGGUAAGAGCUGGACAGGGAGUGUAGUUAAACAUUGUUCUUGUGCAGACAGGGGCAAGUGACAGAAACCAGGCUUAUUCACAUCAGACUAUAAGACAUAACUUGGAUUUAAGAGGCAGUUAAACCGAUUGGGAGAUUUUCUAUUUUUUCCCUUCAGGGCUACAAGUGGAAGGAGCUGUUCUGCUUCACUAAACUACCUUUCUCCGACUUUGGUACAAAGGAGGAUCUGUCCGCCUUGCUACAGGUGAUUAUUUAUGCGCGGAAGUGAGGCGGAAGGAGAAGAAUCAAGCUGGUAAAUGUUUACCGAUUUGCUUCGACCAUCCGGAUCAAAGCAGGUAACUCAGUUAAAAGGAGGCCCGAAGUUCUACCAGUGAGUAGUGAAAGCAGUGAAAUGGAACAGAGCUGAUGCACAGUUACCCCAGCCUGCCCUCAGUUGGCCCCGCAGAGAUGGCAGCCUGUCCAGAGGUGCUGCCCUUACCUGAAGCUGUGGUUGGGAGCGUUUUACUGCUGGUGCUGAGCAGUAAUCUCGUGUGGGGAAAUUCCACAGCCGCUCCACCUGUAACCAGUAAUAACAACAAUACGGGACCAAACAUUGCAGCUAUCGUGGCCCCAACAGUCACCCUGGGCGUUCUGCUCAUAGUUCUGGGUAUUCUCGGCUGGUUGUUCUUCGUGGUGAAGAAGAAACGACAGACUGAAGGAACCUACAGACCCAGCGCUGAGGAACAAUCUGGCACUCAUAGCGUGGCUGCACCAGAUGCCUUAAAGCUACCAAAGGAGGAAAGACUCAUUUGAGACUUGUGCAAAAUACCCAAAAGGGACAAAAAGCUGCAAACACUUAUGUCAGUGUUGCUGAGUGACAUGGCUUCAAGCAGAUAAACUGAGGAUGAACAUCAGGUUCAAGAGAGGACAGGGAGUGAGUUUUUAAACUCCACUACAUGAUGCAUGAACGUACUGCUUCGUUUUUAAACAAGCACCAAGUUGUCCCUGCCCAGCACACCGCAUAGAAGUGCCUGACAAUUUUAUGGGGGGAAUACAGAACAAUUAAACAUUUCAAUAAACUCUGAAUGUUAAAUAAGCACAUUUGAUACUGCAGUAUUUUAUAGGCACUAAUAAUUGUAGUCUAGAGAUGUUUUCUUUAUUUCCCUUCGUAUCUGAAUCACAAUGUAGCCUAACUUUAUUUCAAUUGAUUCAGCCCAUUAUGAAAUCAUUUGUUCAUCAAUGCUGAUCUAUAACCUCAAACUCAUUUUUUCCAGUUCAUUUAAUUUGAAAAGGACAAGGAAGUCUCCUUUUAUUUGAUGAAUGCUAUCAAAUAUAAUUUCAUGAUAACGUGAACCUUCUGUGUAAAUACAAAACAGUUUUGCCUUUUUCAAAUCAACAGCAUAAAGCUAUCAGUUGUUUACAUUUCAAAGUAUUCUUUGAGCAAUCGCUAUUUAAAGUGGCCCGGUUUAAACAUUUAAUCGGAUCAAUUCAUUAUAACUGAGCAGAGAUGUUUUAAAGUGCCUGUACAUGUUUAUUUAAGCUUUUACCAAUUAAAUGGUGAAAUAUUUGUAUGGUAUUUGUAAUAUUGAAUGUUUCAUUAAAGCCUUGAAGAUAAUGGAA